AUGUCCUCCUCCUACCUCGAGCAGCUGUUUAGCCUCAAGGGCAAGACCGCUCUUAUCACCGGCGCAACCCGCGGCAUUGGUGCCGACAUGGCCCUCGCCCUCUCCAAGGCCGGUGCCGACCUCAUCCUCGUCCAGCGCAACACCACCAACACGGCCACCAAGGACCGCAUUGAGAAGGAGGGCGGUGCCGAGGGCAAGGGUGGCAAGGCCGAGAUUGUCGUUUGCGACCUCGGCGACGCCGCAUCAGUGUCCAAGCUCAUCCCCGGUGUCGUCGCCCAGGGCCACGUCCUCGACAUUGUGGUCAACUGCGGUGGUAUCCAGCGCCGUCACCCUGUCGAGGUCUUCCCCGACGAUGACUGGAACGAGGUCCUCCAGGUCAACCUCAACGCCGUCUUCCAGAUUACCCGUGACGCCGGCAAGCACAUGCUCGAGUCCCGCGGCGGCGUCGCCGGCCAGCCGGGCAAGCCCUACAAGUCGAACGGCAAGAUCAUCGACAUUUCCUCCCUUGUCGCGUUCCAGGGUGGCCUCAACGUUGUUGCGUACGCUGCUGCCAAGCACGGUGUCCAGGGUAUCGUCAAGGCCUUUUCGAACGGCUGGGCUUCCAAGGGUGUCAACGUGAACGCUAUCGCUCCCGGAUACAUUGCUACCGACAUGAACGAGGCGCUCAUUGCGGACAAGGACCGUUCGCGCCAGAUCCUCGAGCGUAUCCCCGCCGGCCGCUGGGGUACCCCUCAGGACUUUGAGGGUGCCAUCGUCUACCUCGCAUCCCAGGCUUCGGACUAUGUCUCGGGCGAGUGUCUCGUUGUUGACGGUGGAUGGAUGGGCCGUUGA